GCUCGGCGUUGGACGGGAGGCGGCGGGGGGGAGAGGCGGUGUUGCCGAGCAUCCUGACCCUGGCGCGUGGCGGCGCCGCGCGAGGUUACAGGUGCCCGCCGGGACCCGCGCGGCCGGAGCCCGCUCCGGUUGGCCGAGGGGGAGGAGGGGCUCCGAGUUCGCGGCGUCCGGCCCCUCGUGCCCAGGAUGGAUGUGCCGGCCCGGGUGUCCCGACGAGCGGCGGCCGCGGCGGCCGCGGUGCUUCUGCGGACCGCCCGCGUGCCCCGCGAGUGCUGGUUCCUGCCGACCGCUCUGCUCUGCGCCUACGGCUUCUUCGCAAACCUCCGGCCGUCCGAGCCCUUCCUCACGCCCUACCUGCUGGGGCGGGACAAGAACCUGACCGAGAGGCAGGUCUUCAAUGAAAUUUAUCCCGUAUGGACAUACUCUUACCUGGUGCUGCUAUUUCCUGUGUUCCUCGCCACAGACUACCUCCGUUACAAGCCUGUCAUUCUGCUUCAGGGACUCAGCCUUAUUGUUACAUGGUUCAUGCUGCUCUAUGCCCAAGGACUGCUAGCCAUUCAGUUCUUGGAAUUCUUCUAUGGCAUUAGCACGGCCACUGAAAUCGCCUAUUACUCCUAUAUCUACACCGUGGUCGACCUGGGCAUGUACCAGAAAGUCACAAGUUACUGUAGAAGUGCCACCUUGGUGGGCUUCACCGUGGGCUCCGUCCUGGGGCAAAUCCUUGUCUCUGUGGUAGACUGGUCACUGUUCAGCUUGAACGUCAUCUCCCUCACCUGUGUUUCUGUUGCUUUUGCUGUGGCCUGGUUUCUGCCUAUGCCACAGAAGAGCCUCUUCUUUCACCACGUUCCUUCCUCCUGUCAGGGAGUGAAUGGCAUCAAGGUACAAAAUGGCGGCAUCGUUUCUGAUACCCCAGCAUCUAACCACCUUCCCGGAUGGGAGGACAUUGAGUCAAAAAUCCCUCUAAAUUUAGAUGAGCCUCCUGUGGAGGAACCGGAGGAGCCCAAGGCAGACCCUCUUCGUGUGCUGAAGGUCCUGUGGAAUGACUUCUUGAUCUGUUACUCCUCCCGCCCUCUGCUCUGCUGGUCCACCUGGUGGGCCCUCUCCACCUGCGGCUAUUUCCAGGUGGUGAACUACACACAGGGACUGUGGGAGAAGGUGAUGCCUUUUGAACAUGCAAAUAUCUACAAUGGCGGUGUGGAGGCUGUUUCAACCUUGCUGGGCGCUAGUGCUGUGUUUGCAGUUGGUUAUAUAAAAAUAUCUUGGUCAACUUGGGGAGAAAUGACGUUAUUCCUGUGUUCUCUCCUGAUUGCUGCUGCAGUAUAUAUCAUGGACAUUGGAACCCUUGAACAUGUUAAUAAUUGGCCUAAAAUCAUGGGGAACAUUUGGGUGUGCUAUUCAUCCUAUGUUAUCUUCAGAAUCAUCUAUAUGGUACUCAUCACCAUAGCAACUUUUCAGAUUGCUGCCAACCUCAGCAUGGAACGUUACGCCCUUGUGUUUGGUGUAAACACCUUCAUAGCCCUGGCAUUGCAGACUGUGCUCACUCUAAUUGUGGUAGACGCCAGGGGCCUUGGCUUAGAUAUUACCACUCAGUUCCUGAUUUACGCCAGUUACUUUGCAGCCAUCUCUCUGGUUUUCCUGAUUAGUGGUACAAUCAGUAUUAUAAAGAAAUACAGAAAGCGGGAAGAGCCCAACUCCAGCUCUCAAGCGAUCACUUCGUAAUACACUGCUGAAACAUGGCUGCUUCCAAGCAAGGACUCCGCACAGCAGCUGCCUGGGUGCAUUUAAACUCUCUACAGUUCAGAUAAAAAUUGAUGGAUGUGUAUUUCAUGGCUUCGAAGCAGCCACUCAACUUACACCUUGCAUUCCUGGAGUUAGUAGAAUACUGCUGAGAAAAGCCACAACUGAAGCUUUUUCCAUGGAUUAUUUAUGAGCGCUAAUUUAAGAAUGACUUUUCCUAAUUAAAAAAAAAAAAUUAUUUUGGAAACAGUAAUCAAGUAAUCAAGCAGCAUGUCUGCUGUUUCCUUGAUUAACACGUGAGUGGAACGUUUUAUAAUCACGCUCAGCCAGGCCUUUGGCCUGGUGGGACCAGGGCUUCCGAGGCCACGGGAUGUUACAAGUCAUGAUGGGAGUGUGAUCUGUCAGCACUGGCCCUGUCCAGCUUCGCUCUAAUUUCAGUGUUAACUUGUGUGUGCUUGUGUGUCUGCAGGUGGAAAGUGUUCCUCACUGGCAACAUCUGCUCGGGUUUAAUGUUCCAUCCUCUAAGGAGUGUCAUUUCUAAUUUUAUUUUUAAAAUUCAUUGUAUGAAUGUUCUUCCCAUUUUGACCACUGUAUGUUUUUGGAAACUUUCUUUAAAAGUACGUUUUUUUGCACUAUUCAUAUGCUUCCCAGAGAAGCUCAUUUCAUUUGAAAAAGGCAAAUUUUAAAGCCAGCUGGUAAAUGAGGAGAGCUAUUUAGGAAACUUAAGGUAGGUUUGCUUGUCUUUAAUGCCUCAGUAUGAAGGACUCUUAAUUCCAACUGGAAAGGUCAUUUACAGGUUAGAGACACAAGUGGCCCAUUUUAUAUUUGUGUACCUUUUUAUUUCCAAAAUAAAAUUAACUCUUUUCCUUUGAAACAACUUCAUUUCCAUAUGCCUUUCAUUUUAUUUUGGCUUUCUUUUCCGAGAUAAAGGUGUCAGUGGGAAUUGGAUUAUUCCACAGCCUUUUUCAUAAACUGAGCCUCUUUUUAGUUCUUUUAUUGAGAUUGGAUAGACUUGAUGCCUGCAUUUUUGGACCUUAAACCUGCCUUUAUUCCUGAGGUUAGAUCAUCUUGAACUUUUUAACUUAAAUUAAAAAGUUAUUCCAUUUCCUCAUUACUUGAAAGGAUGGUGUUCUAUAUGGUAAUAUUUGUGAGACAUGAAAACUAUUUCAGAGACAACUUUGUUGUCUUGUGCAAAGAAUCUUAGGUAGGUGCUUUUAACUAGAGUGCUGACUUUUUAAGAACGGCAUAGCUAAACAGUGUUAUUAAUACCAAGAUUGCAAAACUGAGGUCAGGAUAAUACUGGACAGGAGCGAGCUUGACGAGUGUGUGAAGAGCUUCGCUCAAGCACUGGGAAGAAAACUGACACAGGAAGUGAGGCUAAGAAUAGGUCAUUUCCAUGCACCUUCCUUUAAGGCGAGGAAAGGAACACUAAGGAGAGGGAGAACUAAGGUCGCAGUAGCAGUCUCUAGUUUCACCUUUGCGUCUCCCUGCCCCCACCUUUUCUUUCUGUUCUGUAGGAAGUAGGCUGCCCAGAAACAAGAAGAAAAGUUGUGUUUGGGAAAUUUUAUUGUUUGGUUUUUUUGUUUUGUUUUGUUUUUCUUAAAUAACAUGUAUGGUGGUACAAUCAAAUUGUUCACAUUACCAAAGCAAUAUUUCCUUGGAAUUUAGUUUACUGUUUGUAGCAUCUAAUCUGAUCCUUCUUACCUGUCUGAAUCAACAGUAUGUUCACAUCUUACUAUGUGGCCAUAUUUGCAGAAUGCUAAACCCAAUGUACUGGUUGUACUGUAUGCACUUUUAUGAAGAAGCGAAAAAAUUUGUUGAACUUUUUAUUCAAUUCUGUAUAGAUUAUAAAACUAUUUUUAUUAAAUAAAUAUUUUACAGUAUA